AUGGCGGAAGCACCACACCAUCCACGGUUACCUUCAGGUUAUGACGAGGAAUUUGUUAGUGAAGUUGAUGACGACCUUCAAUGUGUAAUCUGUCAGUUGCCGCUCAAAGAACCUGUCCUUACGAGAUGUGGACACAGGUUUUGUAAAGGAUGUCUCGAAGAACAUUUGAAAAGGUGCGUCUCCCAUGAUAAGUAACUGAAGUAUGCAUAUUUUACAACCUUGUGAUGUUUAUUAUGACUGGGGUCCAAAGCAUGUGGAACCGCCACCUUGUUCUAGAAAGAACUGCUAAACUGCAAACUUCUGUGAAAGCUCUCGUCUCUCGGUCAGACAAAAGUUAACACAUCCAUAUUGCGUGGUGCUUCCGCAUGGAAGGAAACCACCUUCCUGUAACUUUAGUAGGUUGAAUUGAAACCCGAACAUCACUAGUAAUUUAGCAAAAAAACUCGGGUAAAAAACCGUCCAUUUUAAUGGUAAUCGCAAAUUGUGAUCAUUUACAUAUUUUAUUACCGCUCACAUUGGUCCUAACUCAAUAACUGUUUGCUGUGUUGCAUACGUUCUUAAAAACGGUGCAAUGCUAAUCAGGCGAAAUAGGUUUUAGCGAUCGCUACCAAUUGCUUUUUGGCCUCUAUUGCUGACCAAGACCAUCGCGAGGUACAGGAGUACUUGAUAAAUUGCCGUUAAAUUGAGCCGGACAGUUUGAGAGUUACCGAAACUUAGCGACACCAAAGCUUGGUUUUCAGAAGGUCUGGAUUUCAAUAAAAAUGUAACGCUUGUAAAAGUCUAGCAAGAUUGCCAUUACUAUUACUAUUAUUAUUCAGGCCAUCUGCAUGACUAUACAUAGGGCGACGGACUCAAAUCUCAAAGCAUCCGCAAGCCGGCUUCUAUCCUAAAAUGGAAGUCACGCGCAUCAUCGAAUUAUGAAUAUUUCGUGAAUUAUCGAAUAUAUUUCUUGAAUCAUCGAAUGAAUUUUACUCGAAUACUCGAAAUUAUCGAAUGAAUUUUGUUCGAAUCAUCGAAUGAAUAUUGCUUGAAUUGUCUCAUAAAUGUAGGAGAAAAUCGAAUGCAUCAUGAAGUUGAAUUUAUCGAAUUUUGCUACAAGUUUACAGUCAAGCCAGGUCAAGCGUACCCCCUAAGGUCCCAUUAAUGAAUUUAUUAUUCGAAGGUUGAAUCCGUUGGUAGUUGUGGAUUUCAGAUUGCCUAGUCCCUAGACCUCAUUUUUCCUCGCGGCCAAAGCGUUUCGGGUCACGUGGUCCAUCCGAAAAUGUGAGACCUAGACAAAAAUCCUCAAAAGUGAGACAAAAGGGAGACAAACCCACGAGCGGCAACCUCCGAUAGCUCAGUUUGAAUGAUGAGAUUGAAGGAGCAGUAUAAAUCUUCAUAGGACUAUGAAUAACAUUCUGAUGACUUUUCAAAGCCGGUCAGCAAAGUCGAUCCUACAAAUAUCUACAAGAAUGGUUAAUAACCAGAUCUCCUGCUGCCUGCUUGCUUGCUGCUCACAACAUUAACGUCAUCUUUGAAUUUCAAAAAGUAACGCACGCAUGCGCAUUCUGUUUUUGUCUAGGCGUUUCCCGCCCGUUCGCCUCGGAUACGUCACCGAAACGAAUUGACCGAGAGGGACUGGGAAAACGCCGGACAGGGACUAGGCAAGAUUUCAGAUUCGUCUAUGCAUUCUUACAUGCGUAAUGAGCCGUGAAUUUUUCACGCGAUUCAGUCACGAAAUUUCUACCAGGUCAGUUUCCCUGCAUUUGAUGAAAAUGUCUUCUACGAAAUUUCAUCCAUUCAAAGAUUUUCAAUCUGACCAGAUACAGAGAAGUUCUCGUAAAAUAUUCACUGCUCAUUACGCGUGCAGGAAUGCCGGAACGACUAACUCAUUCAUAUUCAUUAAUAGAAUCUUGCGGGGUACGCUUGACCUGCCUUCAGACAGUAACGAAUGUGUUGAACAAAAUCAAAUAUAUUUGAGUUUUAUAGUCAAUAUGUGGAAAUUAUCAAAAGCAUAUACAUAACAUUGAAUAUUGACACAUUUCGGCAUCCAUACCGGAGGGGUACUCAACAAAGUUUUCUCCGGGGGGGGCUCCCCCCAGGUCCAACCUCUUACUCUUUUAUAUACCACUCUUGACGAAAAAGGUACCCCUCCAUAUAUCUUCUAUUGACAAAUGGUACCCCUUUUAAAUACCUAGUUUAGAAUUUUGCACCUCUUUUAACUGAUGUAAAUAGAUUUUUAGCUGACUAGUUUUUGAAGAGUUUCUUUUGUCAGAUGAGACGCACUUCACUAGCCAUAGUCAGACAAUGCAAAUGUGGAAGCAUGGAUUGUCCGCCGGGACAAAAAAAAACUGGCCGGUAAAGAAUGAGGUGGCCGUUAGUGGAGGCUCGACUGUAUAAAAGCACGCAUUUUCGCUAAUUUACCAGCCCCGCCCUAAAAAUAAGGAGAGAGGCCCGUCUGUGAAUAUCAGUAGUGUCUAUGAAUCAAAUUUUCAGAGAAUUGAAACAGAGCCUGGAAACUAAUAAAUUGACUGGGUUUAUCUAUUCUAAAUAGUUUUUUAAAUUCAUUUCUGUAUUUUUUUAACCGAUAACUUCAUUACGCAGACAAGAAAUUCAAGCCCAUCCUUACACUUGCCCUUCUGAUAGGGAGGUCCUGAAUCGAGAACAGGUAAAUAUUUUUCCUUAAAUACAUUGUUAUGUUGAUAAAAUGCUUUCAUUCCUCGCUUGCUUUUAGUCGGUUUAAAGAGAUAGUGACUGAAAAUCGUACCGUGGUGAUCGUGCUACCGGUACCUCUCGACAAAGAUUUCUAAAGCCUGGCAACCUCCGCUUUGGAAUAUUUCGCUGGACCCUCCCACAAGUUGUUUGGAAGAGGUCAAUUUUAAGAAUAUGAUAUAUAAAAUACUUUUCAAGCAAUAGAAUGUAAAAUCUGGUAGGGGUUAGGAGCUAAACGAUCUUCAGCUUCAAUUUGCUUUCUUCCAAGAGCAAUGGACCGUCAUAAAAACCAUUGAAAUAAAAUUUGAUUUGUUAACCAAGAACUCACGCCUAAGGUACAGCUAUACGCGCUGCCCCUAUUAGUUUCAACUUAAUUUCCAUAUGUUGAAGCUCCCAAAGUGGAAGUUAAAUCAUAACACAAUUGAACAAAAAAUAAUAUAUAGCCAUUAUGAGUUCUUAGUUUUUCUUUUGUUUUUGCACAAGGACAUAUUUCCAGACAAACCAACUGAGAGAAAAAUUCUUUCUUAUGCAAUCAAAUGCCCCAGCGAAGGUUGUCAUUGGAAAGGUGAACUGAGGAACAAGGAGGUAAUAUUGCAUUUACUGAAGCUGACCUGUAAUAUUUAGUCCUUGAACAGGGUCGGAUAUCAAUAGUCAGCCCAAGUUGAAAUAUUUCCUGACUGUUUUUUCCCAACAAAAGUCAAUUGCUAAAUCACAAUUUUGACUUUGGGUCUAUUUUUUUUGUUUCUUUUCCUUGGAUAGCUUCGUGAAUCCUACACCGUAAUUUCAGCUAUGCUACAUAUUAACAAUUGACCCUGCUAAAAGAUUGGAUGCAAAUAAAUUUUCAGGCGUUGUUAUAAACAUAUUAGCCGAUAAUUAUUUUUCAUAUUUUUACUAUUAAAUCAUAUAUUUAAGAAAUAUUCGUAAGAAAAUCGUAAAGUUUAGCUAUUAAAUUUCACAUUAGUUUCCCCAAAUAAGUGGAACCUAUGAACUUCCGCUUAGCAGUUUGAUACUUUGACCAAGUAGUUUAUCCUUUUUCUAUUAUUUUUCUUACUGUUUAUGACAGACGCACCUAGAAACGUGCCGCUUCGAAAUCGUUACUUGUGUCAACGAAAACUGCCGUGAGACUAUGAAGAAAAAAGACCUCAACAAACACGUGACAAACACGUGUGAGUGGAGGAUCAGAGAAUGUGAAUACUGUAAAGAACAACACCCAAAAUGUCACUUGGAGGUAAAAGUUAUUUAAAGUAACACAGUUCUUGCAUUCACGCAGGUUACAUUUAUUUUUCUAGAAAGUACGAACCACGUACGAAUGUGGUAACUUCAGUGCCUGUUGUUGUGUAUUACUGGUUGUUUACCAUUUACACGGGCAAACCGGUCGGUCCACGGUCUGGGUAAACGGUACGCAAAAUUCAGGACUGGUAAAUUUCGUCCCCGAAUCGCGUUUACCAUUUGUACAAAUCAGUUCCAUUUACCGAGAAACGACCGCGAGAGCCUGAACCCGGUAUCAAUGGCUUUGAAGAAAUGGAACACGAAUUGCAGUUUGGAAUAAUCCGUCCGGAAAAAACAGGACUUUAUUUUUUCCAAGCUUGUGAGCGGGCGGAAUCCUCCAAAUCCGGCAAUCUGAUUGGUCCGAGAGAGUGCGGUAUUUUACGAUCUUGCCCGUUAACCCGGGCGGAAUCGUUGGCAGCUUCAUUCACAAGUUUUUUUGUUGUUUGUGAAUGAGCAAAAUCCGUCAUUUUCAAACCAUUUUUCUUUUAAAACUUGUGCUAUUAUUAGCAUUAGCUAGGGAAAAGUGAAUUUCAUUAUUCAGACAAAAAAUCUCAAGGGAGAAGCAAGCAAGUCAGCCAGGAAAACCGUUAAAGUAAAGCAGGUGGCUCAUGAUGUCACUUCACUAGCUUUAUAACCCCGCUGUAAGUACUGCCAUCUUGCUUUUAUGCACCGUUUAUCGGACAUUUGCUCUGUUUGUACUUUUGUUUCCGAUUUUUGCUGUAUGAAUCUAGAUUCUUCCGUUUUUCAUUGGAUUUUGCCUUGCUAGUUUUCUGCUUAUCAGAAAAGGUUGUUGUCUAUGAUUGCAUUUAGCUUUCAAUGUUAAAUAAAUAACACGAAUCACUUUUCCAGCAGUCGGUUAUCGCCGUUUUCAUUUCUUUGUUACUCACGUCGCUUUCUUUUGUUCGAAUUCAAUUCAAAACCUUAAAAUUGGUAUGUGUAAUUAGCUCUUUUUACAAAGCUUUUGUGCAGUUUUCAUCCCGCUCGAUUGAACUAAUCUUCAGGCAAUUUUUAAUUAUCAAGCCGAAGAAAAUCCUUGCUGUAUUUUUUUCUUGGGGCUUUUAAAGUCAAGCUCGUCAAUUCUUUUAUCCUUGUUUGACAUUCAGAUUAUGAAUUGUCUAGCAAGCUAAGACGCAAAAACCUUUCUUUAUUCUAAAAGAGAGCAGUAAGAGACAUAAUAAAAAUUACCGAGGUGAAAAUCAUGUAAUGUUUUAAUAAGAUGGUGGGUAUAUAUAAAUUUUCCUUUCUUUCUUUCAAAUGUACAAGCUGACAAGCUUUACGACCUUUAAAACGCAGUACACCAACAUAAAGUGGCUUUCAUAGAUUGGCGUCAUAGAAGUUUUCCCAUUUUCAAGCACCAAACAUUGCACUGUAAUUUUCAGGGAGUUAUAAUAACUCCUCUAGUGGGGCUAAUUUAACUCCUUACAGUGGAGUUAUUUUUCGUGGAGUUAUUUUAACUCCAAAAAGGAGUUUAAAGAACUCUUUUUCAGGAGUAAAAGUGACCCAGAUAUUGAGGAGUUAAAAUAACCCCAAAAAAGGAGUUAUCCUGUACCUAAAAUUUUUACUCCACUUUCAGAGUUAAAUUAACUCCAAAAAGAGUGAUUCGGAGUAAUUUUAACUCCAGACUGGGAGUAAAAAGAACUCUUUUUCAGGAGUAAAAAUGACCCCAAAUUCGGAGUUAAAUUAGGAGUUAAAAUAACCCCAAAAAAGGGGUUAUCCUGUACCUAAAAUUUUUACUCCAUUUUUGGAGUUAUAAUAACUCCCUAAAAAUUACGGUGUGGUUGAGUAUCGAACAUUAGAAAAUGAAAAUUUCUCUCGGCUGACCAUGGAGAAGUAAAUGAUAGUCUUCCUUUGAUCGAAAAGGUAAAUUAUUUGUCUUUUUGUAGGAUCACCUGGAAACGUGCAACAAAUUUCCACUUACUUGCCCUAACAGCUGUGGAGAUUUAAUUCCUAGAGAAAUGGUAAAUGCAUUACAUAAUAGUUGGAAUGACUUUCUUAAUUUGUUAGUAUUGUCACAGGCUAUCGCUCAUUAGUUUCUGCCUUCGCGAUAAGUGAUUGUUUCAAAACGUUUGAAUUGAUGUGAGAAAGGGCUAGCACCUAGUUACUUGAGUGAUCGCUUUGUGACAAGAUCCGACUUCAUGAUCGCAAAACAAGAAAUAAGGACUAUCUUAAUAUUCCAGGUUAUCAAUCGGCCACUGGUCAACGAACUUUUCUAUACAGAUCAAGCAAUUAAACUGUGGAACUCAUUGCCACGAGCGAUCACUGCUGCAGAUAGCCUGCGUACUUUCAAAAAGAAACUUAUAGAGAAUUCCUUUUUGAAUCAUUUCUUGUCAGCUAGGAGAGUUACCUAUUGAUGUUUUUAUCUAUUAUUAUAAUUUUAACGUUUAGAUGUUUCAAACUUAGCUUUAUUUGAAUUAUUUAUAUGCUUAUAUACGUUGGGUCUUAAAAACCCUGAUUGGGAGAUUCAAUAAAGUUUUACCUUUACCUUACCAUCCUCCUAUUGAACAGCAAAAAAACUUUCUAAUAUUGCAAACAUGAAGUAAUAUAUUGAACUGCGGAUGUUACCGUCAUCCCAUAGUGUUUUCAUCAACCGAAUUGGAUGGGAAAAAACGAAUAAAGGGUCAAUGCAGGUUCGGCCUUAGUCUCCCACGCGGCCGUUCUUGACAACGUCACGCAACGCUCCUUCCCAUCCCUACGUAAAGACCAGAUGCAUAAGAGACUAUCUAAACCGCGCUUUGAAACACCUUUCUUCAGUUUAUGAUUUUCUGCUGAGUCAAUAAAAAGCAUGAUUUUUAAGGAUAUGCACUGGGUCUUGCAAUUGAGUCGAUCCGUUCGCUACUUUAAUUUUAUCAUUUUCUUUCAGGUUUCAAACCACAUUGAUAACGACUGUCCUUUGUCUGUAGUCUCCUGCCCUUAUGUUGAAAUUGGAUGCAUUGAAAAGGUUUGUUCUUUGUGAUAAAAUUCUGAACUUAGCGGAUUGAAUGCAAUAUUCAUUGGACGACGUCAUUGGUCUAGUAAACUUUUCAACGUUCCUACCAUUGUCUGUAUUAUUAGAUGACACACCUCAGUUCUCACUAUUCCACCCGGCACUUAGGGCUUGUUUAUAUGAGUUGAGCCAGUCCGGUUAGCUCAUGCCUUAUUCCCGCUAAAAAUGAAUUUUGUUUAUAUGAGAGAGUGGGCUGGCCCGCUUGCGGAGAUCUUAGCUCGUAAAAGCAGGCCUGCCGACCUCCUCAUAUAAACCCAGGGUUCGUACAGGUCAUGGAAAACCUGGAAAGUCCUGGAAUUUCAGCAUUUCAUUUUCCAGGCCUGGAAAGUCAUGGAAUUUAACAGUCGGUCCUUGAAAGUCAUGGAAUAUUAAAGUUUUGCCAUAGCUUAGUUACUGCCGAUGACAAGGCAAGGACAAAGUAAGGUGGAGAGAAGUGACUGAACAGCGCGAACGGUACGCAUUUUGGUUGACACCGGAAUGUUUGUGUCUGUUGAACUGUGUAAGGUCCAAAAAUACCCUCAAACAAGGGAAGUCCUUAAAAUUUUUGAAAGUGACAGCUAAACCUAAGGUCUUGAAAAACGUAAAAAGGUCAUGGAAAAAGUCAUAGAAAGUCAUGGAAUUUGAAGAGCUCAAAAGAGUACAAACCAUGAAAACUUAACCUCCCGAGGGGUACUCCCCCUAGGAGGCUCGGCCCGAAAGAGGUAUACCAAAUCAGGCUUAAGAUAUAUGAAAAGGUAGGGAAAUAUGUGAUUUUGGUCUGUAAAAUAUAAUGACGUUAAGGGCUUCGGAAGGAUUCCAUGGCAAUGAAAAAGUCGAGAACGUUUUCUAGUUUUGCGAUUCAUUCAUAUGUAAAAGAAAGUACAUUUACAGCAAUUAAAAGGGAUGCAAAGUUCUAAACUAGGAAUGUGAAACGGGUGCCAUUUGUCAGUGAAAGGUAUACGAGCCGCAGCGCAAGAUUUUAACGGUGUACGCACGCGGGAAAGAAAAGUUGUAGCACUCAAGGCGGCCAAACCUGGGGGGUCUGGGGGCAUUUUCCCCCAGAAAAUUCUUAAAUUUAGGGUCUCGGAAACACCAUUUCCAGCAUUUUCCGCAGGACAUUUUCAGCAAGUUUAUACGCAGGAAAACGCCAGUAGUUAGUUGUUUAUUUUACUCAUCUUUAGUGUUGUCAGUGAGGUACAGUUUUUACGGAAAAAAAGGCAAGUGAUGCAGUCAGAAUUAUAGAAUGAUAGAACUCAAGGUUAAAGGAAAUACUAACACAUAGCAAUAUAGUGUGAAAAAAUUAUCAGUCAUCCCGAUUUAAUGAUAAAAAAUGCUUUUUAAGAAAAUAGAAAAUAUAUUUUUUACAUAUUUCAGCCGGUACAUGUACGCACUCAGGCGUAUGUGCGUAUAUGGACGCUCAAUUACCAGCCGCUGUUCGAUUCACGGGAUUUUUAUUCUAGACGAAACAGGAUUUUUCCGCUUUUUAAAAGUUUUCCACAUCCGCCCACUUCUGAUCGACGGGCAAAUGUUCUAUACAGUAUUUACGUUUCCCUAAAAAAACAAAAAACGGGAUAUUUUUUUUCUGAAUCGAUUGACUGCAAACAAAAGGGACUCAAUUCGAGCUGUGUACUUUAUUUUUUAUUUCAGUUAAUUUUUGUUUUUCCUUAGUUUCAUAUCAAGAGAGGAUGAUUAUCUCUUGUUCAUAUUUCUUAGCACUCAUUACCAUAACCAAAAACUAAGGAAAAAGCAAAAAUUAACUACUCCAAUUAACUACAUCAUACACAUCCAGAAACCUUAAAAGGGGCUGACUUCCGGCACAGGCAACUCAGGAUGGCUACGUACACAGCCUAGUAAAUUAGCUUGCCGGAAAGCCCGUGUGACUUCUCUUCGCAGCAAUGAAAGUUACCAGGGGCGUAGCCAGCCCAUAGACCUGUAGGCCUUGGCCUACAAAGUUUUGGUUUUAUACAGUCUACCGCUUGUAAUAAAUUAUGCGUUGUUGGGGUGAGCUAAAGUGUUGAUGAGGUCUGUGCGUACUAGUCCUGCGUGCAAUUUUCAGGAUAUGUGGAAAUGAAAGUCAGCCAGGCCUACAACUGGUCGGAAAGCUGGCUACGCCCCUGGUAACCAAACAAUAGAUAGCAUUUGAGUCACAUGUACCCCAUAAAACCCCAUGCAAAUUAACCGAUUAGGUAGACUAAGAGUUGACUUUAAUUUGACACAAGCCUAGGACUGUUCAGCUAAUUGAGUAUUCUUGAACAAAUCUCUACUGAUUAGUCUCAUUUCAUAAGUGCCAUAGAAUAUUGCCGUCUUGGACCUUAAUGAGUUAAUUGUAAUUUUGCUCGCUAUUAUCAAGACCCUUAAAAAGCGGACCCGAAUAUUCUAUUUAGUAUUUAGUCUGCAGAAUUUUUUGAUACGAAUAAAAGUUUUGUUUUGUUCUGCAGUCUCUACGCAAAGACGUGGAGUCGCAUCUUCAAUCAGCCACGCGAGAGCAUCUUGACUUUGCUUGUGUUAAUGUUAACAGCACACAGGUUCAGUUGGAUGAACAACGAGUUCAGUUACAUGAACAACGAGUUCAGUUGGAUGAACAAGAAGGUCAGUUGGAUGAACAACGAGUUCAGUUGCAUGAACAACGAGUUCAGUUGGAUGAUCAAGAAGGUCAGUUGGAUGAACAGCAAGUUCAGUUGGAUGAACAACGAGUUCAGUUGGAUAAACAACGAGUUCGGUUGGAUAAACAACGAGUUCAACUGGAUAAACAACAAGUUCAGUUGGAUGAACAAGAAGGUCAGUUGGAUGAACAACGAGUUCAGUUGGAUGACCAACGAGUUCAGUUGGAUGAACAACGAGUUCAGUUGGAUAAACAACGAGUUCAAUUGGAUAAACAACAAGUUCAGUUGGAUGAACAAGAAGGUCAGUUGGAUGAGCAACGAGUUCAGUUGGAUGAUCAACGAGUUCAGUUGGAUGAACAACGAGUUCAGUUGGAUGACCAACGAGUUCAGUUGGAUGACCAGCGAGUUCAGUUGGAUGACCAACGAGUUCAGCUGGAUGACCAACGAGUUCAGUUGGAUGAACAACGAGUUCAGUUGGAUGAACAACGAGUUCAGUUGGAAGAACAACAAAUUCAGUUUGAUGAGAGACGAGUUCAGUUAGGUGAAACACAAGCUCAGUUAAGAGUAACCCAAAAAACAACAAGAAAACUCGAGGAGAAAUUAGAGGCGCUUCAAAGGCUGAUAGAAAGGAAUGCGAAUACAGAUAGAGUGAUGGUAGAGGGCGGUAACAAACAGUAUAUUUAG